AUGAACGCCGAAACAUCCUUCGACCACGAAAUAGACAAGAAUCCAAAACCGGAAGAUGCUGGUACAAUAAAAAUCUACGCAAGUAUUGUUGGAAUGUUUGAUCCUGUACGAACAUGCCCUACGUCCCCAGUUAAAUGUCGUAUCAAUGGAUUCGUUAAAGAUUUUGGAGGCAGCAGUGUACUGAAUCCAUUCUUGAGCGAUGCUGGGAUUGAUACCGAGAAGAGGAAGAGGAGGCAGUGGUUCAAUUCUCAUUCGAUGAGACCAAUAUCGGAUUUUAGACCCGCAAGCAAGCUCGCUGUCAUGUCCCUGAACAAGAAAAUCUACGACACGGACAAGGAGGCUAUGUCUAUAACGACGUGUGAUGAUAGUUGCGCGAUUUGUCUAGAGGAGUUUGGCGCCGGCAGAAUAGUCGUGACCUUAUCCUGUGGGCACGCGUUUGAUGAUCAAUGUAUCGUCGAUUGGUUUAGGACCAGCCACCUUUGUCCAUUGUGCCGUUUCAAGUUGCCUAUUGAAGGUGAGAAUUAA